CCAACACUGUUCGCGGACUUCGACUUCAGACCCCCGGAUGCUAAUUUGCGUGGAGCCCACGAGAUUCUCCUCGGACUUCCUAUCUCCCUGACGUAGGCCUUCCUCGGGUCAAGUCCUGCAGAGUGUCGCACGACACCAAAGAUUCACGUCGAAAUAACAGCCUACGCCUUUCAUAAUGGGUCAACAACAGUCUUCAGAAAAGAGCUCGGGGUCAAGAUCGGCUACACCUCAAGCCGACAAAGAGCGAAAGAUACACCGCAGGGUCUCGAUUCCAGCACUGGCUCAAGGUCGGGCCACGCCCAUAGACCCAUCGGCUACCAAAGACACUGCAGUUGCGCAACCCACCUCUCAGCAUUUCGAAAAGCCUGCCCUACAACAAUACCUGCAAGGCUCGGCCUCUCCUGAAAGUCACGCAAGAGUUCCAAAGGUGGAGCGGUCGACCUCAAAAGCCUCUCGGGAGAAGCGAGAUGAGUUGGAACAUAGACCACGACAUCAAGCACCAAUGCCUGUGCCGCAGUCAUCAGGCCCCAUGGAUGUUCCAAUGUCCAAGAGCAAAAACGAUACGAAUACCGUUGAUGAGCAUUUUGAAGGACACACCACUGCAUAUCAAGAUCGACGGUACACUCCCGUUGCCCAACUUCGUCCACCACGUCUUCCCCUUCCAAUCGCGGAUGUGCCUAUACCAGAAUCACCCACUUUGCAUCCUGUGGACAAAGGAAAUCAAGAUGUCCCGAUCUUCGAGACCGAUGAGCCUCUCUCGGCCAUCGAACCUCAAAGAAAAAACUCCAUGAUGAGCAGCACGACCGAGUCAGAGGAAGAGGUUGGGGAAGAAUUGCAGCCAUUCGCGGUGGAGCAAGCAUCUGCACAAACGGUUCCGACCGUUAUCGAGUGGAAUCACGGUGGACAUAAAGUCUAUGUGACGGGUACUUUUGCCAAUUGGGAAAAGAAAUACCGGCUUCAUCCAAGGAAGAAUGCUCCCGGCAUGUUCACUACAAUCAACCUUCCAUCGGGCACUCAUCACCUGAAGUUUGUGGUGGAUGGUGAAAUGGUCACCAGUCCUGACCUGUCAACUGCGGUCGAUUUCAACAACUUCCUGGUCAACUAUCUCGAGAUUGCGACCGAAGACCUAACCAAACCGAGGAGGGAAAGUGCCCAACCGGGUGGUCGAUCGACGGCUCUCACCGUUGAAGAGCAGGUCCAAGGUCGAUCUGGAUCCCAGACGCCAGAAGAACCUGUACUUGAAGAGCCCCGAGCGGAAGAAAUACCACCGGGUGACUUCCGCCCGCUCAUGCCGCAAGCUCUGGUCGAUGUUGAUUUGCCAGAAGACGACCAGAGAUACCACGAUGCAGUUCGCGUCAUUCAAGACUCUGGCUGCCCACCAAGUCUACCAAUGUUCCUCAGUCGCUCGAUUCUCAAUGGUAUGCUUCCAGUCAAGGAUGAUAAUAGUGUCUUGACACUGCCGAAUCAUACCGUCUUAAACCAUCUUAUGACUAGCAGCGUCAAGAAUGGUGUUCUGGCGACGAGUGUGACCACCCGGUACAAGAAGAAGUAUGUGACGACGAUCUCCUUCAAGCCCGUUCCGAGGUUUCAGCAGUCUUGAUAGUAAAGCUUGGUGCUUCCAAGUGCCUCGCAAAGUCUGGAAGUUGGCUCACAUCUCAAACUGUAACGAUGUCAU